UUCUCUUUCAUACUCUCUCCCUCCCUCUCUCCCUGUCAGUGUCAUUCUGUAGUGGAGAUGUGGAGUGUCUUUCUGUCUCUCUGUCUGUUUUUCCAGCCUAACUCAGCUGAGGAAGUGAUGCUGCUGGACACAACAGAGUCUACCUCAGAGCUGGGCUGGAUCACCUAUCCAGAUACGGGGUGGGAUGAGGUCAGCGUCCUGGAUGACCGAGGGAAGCUCAUACGAACCUUUGAAGUCUGCAAUGUCAACCAAAAUCCUCGUCAGCAGGACAACUGGUUGGCUACUCCUUUCCUGUACCGCCACUCGGCUCCACGGGUGUUUGUCACGUUGCGUUUUUCUGUGCGAGACUGCGCGAGCCUGCGUUCACCGUCGCCCGCCUGCAGGGAGACACUCACUCUAUACUACAAGCAGGCCGACUCCCAGAGGGAGCUGGAGAGGACUUGGGUAGCUGAGCCAUCGAGCGGGGAGAGGGAGACCAGGGAGGGCUGGGUAAAGAUUGACACCAUCGCAGCCGAUAAGAGUUUUUCCAAGGUGGAGCCCAGCUCACCUCACCAGUAUCAGCCCAACAGAUACAGCCGUAUCAACAUUAAGACACGCAGCUUUGCCCCCCUCACACGCAAAGGAUUUGUCUUGGCCAUCGUCGACAGCGGAGCUUGCGUUUCCCUCAUGGGGGUGUCUAUCUUCUACCGCCGCUGUCCAGCCACGAGCCUCUACCUAGCUUCGUAUCCACCGACUCCCUCGGGUGCCGAGCCAACUGCUUUAGUGCCUGUGACUGGGACGUGUGUCCCUCACAGUAAGGCACAAGGAGACACGCCCCCUCGCAUGCACUGCAAUGCUGAAGGAGAGUGGAUGGUGCCCGUCGGUGGAUGCGUCUGUGAUGAAGGUUAUGAGCCGAACCUCAAUGGAUCUGCCUGUCUGGCCUGUCCUGUGGGCUACUUUAAGUCUAUUUCAGGCUCUAUUCCCUGCACUGUGUGCCCAUCCAACAGCCGAACCAGCCAUGAGGGAUCGAGUGUGUGUGAAUGUCGCAGCGGCUUUUACCGGGCCGCCAGCGAUGCCAACUCUUCUGCCUGCACAACUCCUCCGUCUGCUCCUGUCUCUCUGACCUGGGAGUAUGAGAGCGGCGAUGGUGGGGUUUCCUUGAGGUGGCGCCCUCCGGUGGACAUGGGAGGCCGAAGUGAGGUGUGGUACGGGGUGGUGUGUCGCAUCUGUCCGUCACCGACCUUCACCAACUCGGCUUUGUGCUCUUGGUGUGGGGAGGGCGUCACCUUCAGCCCCUCCCAGACCAACCUGAAACAAACCAAGGUCACCCUCAACAACCUGCUGACCAGGGUCACGUAUCUCAUACAGGUGCAAGCCAUGAAUGAAGUGUCAGCUUUGAGUCCUUUCCCAGUUCGAUACUCAAGCAUCAAUUUCACUACGAGCCAGUCAGUUCCCAGUACCGUUCCUAUGAUGCACCAGCUGAGCCGUGCCCCGGACUCCAUCACUCUGUCGUGGCCUCAGCCAGACAGGCCUAAUGGAGACAUCCUGGAGUAUCAGCUCAGAUACUAUGACAAGGGUUCAGACGUGGACAGCGCAUUGACUGUGUACAGUGAGACUAACACAGUGACCGUCAAGUCUCUGAUUCCCGGCUCCAUCUAUGCCUUCCAGAUCAGAGCUCGAAAUGAGCGAGGCUACGGGCCCUACAGCAACACCAUCUACUUCACGACGCUACCUCUAGAGGAGCAUUCACAGCAAAUCCAGACCCGGCUUCCUCUGCUGGUGGGCUCAGUCAUGGGUGGGGCCGCGUUUCUCCUUGUUGUGGCAGCCAUUGUGGUUGUGGUGGUGUUUCGCAGUAAGAGGAGGGAGAGUCCAUACAGUGACCGACUCCAGAGGUACAUCAGUAACAGAGGUGGAGUUAAGUAUUACGUUGACCCAUCCACUUAUGAGGACCCCAGCGAGGCCGUCAAAGAAUUUGCCCGUGAGAUCGACCCAACUCACCUCAAGAUCGAGGAGGUGAUUGGUGCAGCCCAAUUUGGCGAGGUUUCUCGUGGUCGUUACCAUCCGCUGGGUCGCAGGGAAGUGCUGGUAGCAGUGAAGACUCUGCGCUGGGGGGCAUCAGACAGAGAGAAGGGGAUGUUUCUCAGUGAAGCAGGAGUCCUGGGACAGUUUGACCACCCCAAUGUGCUGAAACUAGAGGGUGUUAUCACCCGUACCCCUCCAGAGAGGAUCAUCACUGAGUUCAUGGAGAACGGGCCCCUGGAUGCCUUCCUCAGGGAGAACGAAGGUCAGUUCAGUGUCCUCCAGCUUGUCGGGAUGCUCAGGGGAGUUGGAGCAGGGAUGCGUUACCUCUCUGAGAGAAACUUUGUUCACCGAGACCUGGCGGCCAGGAACGUGUUGGUCAACUCCAACCUGGUCUGUAAAGUAUCUGAUUUUGGCCUCUCCAGGCUUAUGAGGGGCUUGGACCACAACAUACCAACUUACACUGCCACUGGUAGGUUAGAAGGGAAGGAGCGCCUUUUAGCUUGGUUUCCGUCAUCACUGAGUGACUGUAUAUGUUUUUGUUCUGUUUUCAUCUAUCAGGGCAGUAAGAUUCCUGUGAGAUGGACGGCACCUGAAGCAUUUCAGCAUCGCAAGUUCAGCUCAGCUAGUGAUGUCUGGAGCUUUGGGAUACUGAUGUGGGAAGUUAUGUCCUACGGAGAGCGUCCGUACUGGGACAUGAGCAAUCAAGAGGUGAUGAAGGCAGUAGCAGAUCAGUACCGUCUCCCGGCCCCCCACAACUGCCCCCCUGCCCUCCACUCUCUAAUGCUUCAGUGCUGGCAGGCCGACCGGGCAGACCGACCAGGUUUCGACUCAGUCCUGUCUUCUCUGGAUCGACUCAUCAGGCACCCCGCGUCCCUCAAAGCUGAGCCAACUCGAAGCUGCUCCCAGCCGCUGCUCAGCCCCACUCCCACAGACUUAUCGUCAGUGGUGACGGUCAGUGAUUGGCUGAAAGCGCUGAGGAUGGAGAGGUAUCAGAAUGAGUUUGAUCGAGCGCACCUGGACACAUUAGACAGAGUCAGCAAGCUUACGAUGGAAGACGUCCAGGAUCUCGGCGUGAACCUGCUGGGACACCAGAGGAAGAUCGUCAGUGCAGCCCAGCAGCUCAGGGCUCACCUGACACAGGGGCAGGUGGAGGUCUGAAACCUACCAGCAAUACACCCUGUGCUGUGGAUUUAUGGGCUUCACAUUCCUUUGCUUGUUGCGUCCAGUUUCCGCAACAUUUUAUUUGGAUGGUGCACAUUUUAACCGUAAAAAAAAAAGAGAGCGAGAUAAUCAGCUAACAGUGCCACUCUGUCUGUUCUGAUAUACCUGACACUGCAACCAGAAGCAGUGAGAAAAGACUUUCUCAGCCAGUCCUUCGAGACGACUAACAGAAGAGAGAUACACUACAGGAGCUGCGGCCCAACUCAAAGUGAGGCUAGAAAGUUGCUGACAAGGAGGACUUUAAAGAUUCCUCUAUGUUUUUCCACUAGAUUUCACUUUAUUGUUGUCUGCCUUCUCCUCUCCUCCCCCCUCUGCAGUCCAAACUCUCCCUUCCUCCUCCUCUACUCACCUUGCCUGAAAUGCUUCUGUUUCCUCUGUGCUCAAUAAAACCACAAAAGUAUUUUUUUUGUUAAAGUAUUUAGGGAGAUCUCUCCUCACAAAGAAUUGCGUGAAGACAAUCAAAGCCUUUUUCAAAUUUUUUUUUUUGAGUUAUUUGUAAAGUUGUAUCACUUCCUCUCCACUUUAAAUGCCAAAUGCUAAACAAACAGUGUUACCUAGCAGCUAAUGAAUCACCUAAUGAGGUGUUACCGUUAGCUGUCAGAAAAAAGUGUAGCUUGUUCAGUGUUACAGCAAAUACUAUGAACCACCAGUCCAAAGUCGGUACUGCAGAUCCUUAAAGUUAUAUAGCAAUCACUGCCAUAAUAUUGGGAAAAUCAAACCUAAACACGAAAAGGCUUUUAAUAAAUGUAAGCCAUGUUUUGUUUUGUUUUUUUUAAUUCGCCUUUAGAAGACAUAUCCAAGUUCUGAGAGCUGCCCUGUUUGUGCAACUCACUGUCGAGCCUCUCAGUGACAGCAGAGCUCACUUACUCUAAAACACUUAACAAACUUCACCUCAGCUGCAAACACGAGCUUCUGCCUGCGAUGGAAACAGAAGCUGACAGCACCCACCUUUACAGUAUGUCUGCAUUUCACACUUCACCUCUUUUGUUUGAUUGCUAGAGUAACGACACUGAGUCAUUGGAGCAUUGUGAAUGUGUGAAAUGAGCAAGAUGGACAAAAUCUGAUCUGAUUUACACUUGAAGGAAGGAAGCAAAAUGCUUUGUAGGUAGCUGCCCGUAUGUCUGUGUGCUGUAUAUGAAACUCUGUUAUUGCGUACAUGCUGUACAUGAUGUGUGUGAGUGAGUGUGAGUGAGUGUGUGUGUGUGUGCAUGUGUGUGCGCGCGCGUGUGAGACAAGUGUGUCAGGCUACACACAUUUAUAAGUGUUUACUUGUAUGAAUGUUCACCACUGUUCCGUAAUUGUGCAAAUUUGUAAAAUAAAUAUGAUUUUAUUUAAA